CGGAGUAUAAAUGUUACACUCAAGGCGGGUUCCUUAAAAAUCAAUAUGGCUUCCAGAAGAACAACACAGAUGCCGAGUAGUAUAAAAAAUUCAGCUGCCGAUGCUAAAAGCUCCAAAAGUGGGAACACCGCAAACAAAACAACCAAGAAUGCAACAGGGAAGAAACCAACUGUUGUCCAGUCUCGGUAUAUGCAGACUCCUGAGAGGACAUUACCUAUAAAGAGUAAAUCACUGAACAGCGAUUCUGUGAGUGUUCUACAGAGACCCUCCUCUCCUAAACCCAGCGAGGUCAAACUAAAAGUGGGCACCCCUCCACGAUGCUCCAUGGGCCGUCCAGCUUUUGGAAUGUCGAAGAUGUCACGUGAAAGUGAGCCUUCACUGCUUGGAAAGACCAUCCUGCAGUCGACAUUCUCUGACGGACACUGUGGUCGCCCUGAUUUUGAUAUUUCAGUCAUUCGAGGUAAAACAAUAAUAGAAAAUGCAGAAGAUGCUGAGAAAAACCCAGAAAAUCAGAAGCAAAUAAUAGAGAUGCAAUCAUUCCUUCUUUGUUACCUCUCUGCGAAGAUGGCGAGUAAUACCGGAAAGCUCGAAGCCGAAGCUGAAGCCAGGUUACUGCAAAAGAUGGAGGACGAAGAGGUGCUGCAUAGAGAGGUGAUGAAGAAGAAGCGCGAGUACCUCCUCAUGCAGAAAGAACAACAGGCGAAUGAGCUUUUGGAUAUGCAGAUCUCUGCCCUGACUCCUGUGGCUGACAUUGCCCAACAGUUUACAAAGUCCUACAAUUCUUUUGCCUCUGCGGUCGACACAACCCGGCACGAGCUACCUGUCAAGAACUUGUACAUCGAUGGGGACAGGAGGGAGUUUCUUGACAAAGCUGAGGCCUGUUUGAAGGAGAGCGAGGAGCUUCUGAGGGAGUGCACAGAGGGAGAUGACAAGGAAAAUGGCGCCGUUCUUGAGUGCCUUCGAGGCAUAAAAAGUUCUUCAAAAGACAUGAGUCAGCAGUUAUCUGGGGCCUUUUCAGAGCUGCAGGAGCUGUCGUCACUGAUCUGCCGCCACAGAGUCCAAGUCCAGCAGGCUGCAGAAGAGGAGCAACUUGGUGUUGCCAGAUCCCUGGAGCUCUUCUGUCCUAAACGAUGACAAAUGUCUCACAGCAUGGGAUACAUACAGUACAUGCACUUUUAACCCUUAAACGUCUUACUUGGUGUAAUGUUUAUCUCCAUUUGUGUCUGCUUUUGUGUGUGCUGUCUGAACUACAGUGAGUGUAUGAUUAGCUGUUUUAGUCGUGGGGGAAUCGCACCCUGGAUGGUAAACACACAUAGUGUGGCUUUUUUAAAUACAUUGAAGACAAACAAUAAAGGAAAAACUAGUGUCGCAAACUCUCUAAAUCAAAUGCUUGGCUAAAUAAUGGUGUUAUCUAAACCAGAGGUGUGUAACCUUUACUAUUAAAAGAGCAUUUUGCCUCUUGCUCGUUUCCCAGCCCGCAUGUUGCUGGUUCAAUCCUCCAUCGUCCCAAGUUGAAGAGAUACUGCAAGAUCGUGAACCUCCAGUUGCUCCUGUCUUCAGUAUGUAAACGUAACGGUGUCAAAGCCUUUUGAGUACCUUGAAGGUAGAAAAAAGUGACGGUCCAUUUAAAGUAAUCUUUUAUUUUGAGUUUAUUUUAUGCCUGUGGAAGUUGCUGGCUGUCAUUAAUUACUUGUGAGAAGAGCAGUUCUGUAACUGAUGCCAGCUUCUGCUGCUGUGUGAAAGUAAGUUGGUAAACCUCACUGAUACUUUAAGCUCAAGCUUUCAGCUCGAUGCCGAGGGCUCCCAACUCUCAUUCGGUGGACUGUGGUUCAAGGCCUGGCCGUGUGCAGGAGCAGACCAGACUGGUUACAAUUGCAUUAUUUGAACAAUGUCUUUAUGUAGUUCACUUUUGAUUCAUUUUGAGUCUUUGUAGUUUAUUUCCGUUAUGGAUUUUGUUGUUUAUCACAUCAUCGCUCCUCCCGCUUUAGACCCUCUUGCCUAGCUUGAUGUUCACCACCAAAAGAAAAACUGAUUUGACAGAGUGAUGGUUCUUGCUGGGUCCUGUUGCCUUGCCUGCGUCAUUAGGAAAUAAGGGAAAAGUUCCAGAAAAAUAAGGCCCUUGCACCCCCACGCAACUUGGGGCCAAUGAGAGACGGCGAGAACGAGGAGUCACACACACACACACACACAGAAAUGAGGGGAAAAGGGAGGGGUUGUCACAUGGUCAUCCAUCCAUCCAUUUUCUAUGCCGUUUCUCCUCAUUAGGGCUGCGGAGGUAUGCUGGAGCCUAUCCCAGCUAACUUCGGGCAACAGGCGGGGUACACCCUGGACUGGUUGCCAGCCAAUGGCAGGGCACAUAUAGACAAACAAUCAUUCACACUCACAUUCAUACCUAUGGACAAUUUAGAGUCGCCAAUUAACCUAACAUGCAUGUUUUUGGAAUGUGGGAGGAAACCGGAGUACCCGGAGAAAACCGGUCACAUGGUUUAUGUGAAAUAUGACUUUAUUAUGAAAUAUGACUUUUGACCGUGAGGUCACCUCAUGGUUUCCAGAUGUCUGUUUAUGGUUUCCAGCUCUUUGACUCAGUCACGUGGUCUUGAUUUAUGAAAUAUGGCCUUUGAUGUAUGGACUGUGACCUUUCACCUUUAGGGUCAUAAAUUACAGUGGUGCGAAAAAGUGUUUGCCCCCUUCCUGAGUUUUUAUUUUUUUGCAUGUUUGUCACACUUACGUGGCUCAGAUCAUCAAACUAAUUAAAAUAUUAGUCAGUGACAACACAACUGAAUACAAAAUGCAGUUUUUAAGUGAAACUUUUUUAUUAUUAAGGGAGAAAAAAAUCCAAAACUACAUGACCCUGUGUGAAAAAGUGAUUGCCCCCUAAACCUAAUAACUGGUUGGGCCCCCCUUAGCAGCAACAACUGCAAUCAAGUGUUUGUGAUAACUUGCAAUGAGUCUCUUACAGCGCUGUGGAGGAAUUUGUCCCACUCAUCUUUGCAGAAUUGUUGUCAUUCAGCCACAUUGGAGGGUUUUUUUAGCAUGAUCCGCUUUUUUAAGGUCAUGCCACAGCAUCUCAAUAGGAUUCAGGUCAGGACUUUGACUAGGCCACCCCAAAGUCUUCAUUUUGUUUUUCUUCAGCCAUUCAGAGGUAGACUUGCUGGUGUGUUUUGGAUCAUUGUCCUGCUGCAGAACCCAACUUGGUUUCAGCUUGAGGUCACCAACAGAUGGCCGACAUUCUCAUUAAUUUUUGGUAGGCAGCAGAAUUCAUGGUUCCAUUUAUCAUAGCAAGUCUUUCAGGCCCUGAAGCAGCAAAACAGCCCCAGACCAUCACACUACCACCACCAUAUUUUACUGUUGGUAUGAUGUUCCUUUUCUGAAAUGCGGCAUUACUUUUACACCAGAUGUAAUGGGACACCCACCUUCCAAAAAGUUCAACUUUUGUCUCAUCAGAUCACAGAGUAUUUUCCCAAAGGUCUUGGGGAUCAUCAAGACUUUUUCUGGCAAAAUUGAGAUGAGUCUUAAUGUUCUUUUUGUUCAGCAGUGGUUUUGGUCUUGGAACUCUGCCAUGCAGGCCGUUUUUGCCCAGUGCCUUUCUUAUGGUGGAGUCAUGAACACUGACCUUAACUGAGGCAAGUGAGGCCUGCAGUUCUUUGGAUGUUGUUGUGGGGUCUUUUGUGACCUCUUGCUGCGCUCUUGGGGUAACUUUAGUUGGCCGGCCACUCCUGGGAAGGUUCACCACUGUUUCUUGUUUUCGCCAUUUGUGAAUGAUGGCUCUCACUGUGGUUCGCUGGAGUCCCAACACCUUAGAAAUGCCUUUAUAACCUUUUCCAGAUUGAUAGAUCUCAAUAAAUCUCAGGUAUGUUUUAACUGUUAUGUUUUCUACUUAUUUUGUAUAAAUCUUUUUAAAGUAUAUUUAGAGCUUUGUCUUAAAUACAAAGCUUUGUGUAUUUUUUAUUUAGUAGAAGUUUUUAAAGUAAAGUACAUGUGAAAGCUUUGUAUAUUUAAUUAUUUUGGAGAACGUUUCUUAACAUAAAGCAGCUUUGUUUUUAAAUACAAAGUUUGUGUUAUUAUUGGUUGUUUCAGCCUUUUGCUCUAUUUCUUUUUAACCAUUUUUUGCUGUUUUUUCAAUUUUAUUUUGUUUCCGCAGCUCCCCUACUUUUGUGGCUCUUCGUCCGGUUCGGGCGUGUGGUGUCGGCUCUAUGAGCAUACUACAACUCUAUUUGGCUCGUUGUCGUGGGCGAGCGAUGGUGGUUGAGAAGAGAGGGGCUGCGGUCAAUGCAUUACAACAGUCAGCGCUAGUAAGCAAGAUAUUUUUGGAGGUGCACGUCUACGGGGUUAUAUUUCUGCCUUAAUUUUGAGGUAGAAAAAGCAGAUUUUGAUUGUAUUAACGUGUAUUAAAUACUGUUGUGUGUGUAGGCACAUUGCUGUGCUCUGUCGCUCCCUCUCUCUUUCUCUCAACCUCUGCAUGCUUGCGAGGCAAGCUGGUGUACGUGUACGGGUUUUGGGGACUGGGCUGCUGGUUGGACCUUACGGGUUGCAUACGGGCGUGUUCAGUGGUCAAAAUGCAUGCCUCUUGGUCACACUCCGGGAGGGGAGGGUACCAAUGCAAUACAUUUUUUUUUCUAAUAUUCUCAAGUCCCAAAGAUGAACUGGUGGCUUGCGAUCUACGGGUUGGUGACCCCCCCCGUAUAACAUGUUAUCAUGAAUGUGCCUGCUACCACAUGGUCACAGCAUGUAUAUAAAACCAUAGAACCUUGUUGGACAGUUUAUAGAGGUGUUUUAAUAGAGGGCUUCAUCGGCGGAAUAGGUGAAUCCCAUUACAUUGCAUUAUUAGCUGUUUUGUGCGAGCAGUUUUUCGAUAUUUAGAAUGCGCAGAAAAGAGAACGACAUGUGUUGGAUCAAGGAUUGUGGAUGAUGGGCAAAAUUCCCCAAAAAUUCAACUGAAUUCCAUCGUGUUUCUCACCUCAAUAAGACAGGUGAAAAAACACUAUGGAACUGAAUUGAAUUCAAGAAAUAAGUCAUGGCAAAACAGUAAGGUGGUGUCAGUGUGGUGUCUCGCUGCCACAUUGUGUCUUUGGGAACAUUCACAUGAAGGUAAAAGUAAAUGUUCACGUAUCCCUUUUAUUCAUCAUUAAUAUGCAUUUGGAAUUGUUUACUGCAUAUAAAAAUAUAAUUGUAAAACUAUAAAAAUGUGUUUUUAUGAUAACAUUUUUGGCUUUCUGGAACGGAUUAAUUGGUUUUGCAUUAUGUCUUAUGGGAAAAAUUCAGUCAGGGUCCGUUUUUGUUUUGUUUUGCGUACCUUCUGGAAUGAAUUCAUGGCGCUAACCAAAGUUCCACUGUAUUUUGUCCUGUGGUUGUCACCAUCCGUGAGUUAGCAUGUGUGACAGUUUUGUUUGUUUCCUCUCUUAUGCCUUAGUCCUUGUUUUAAUGCUCUUAUUUUGGUAGCUCUUCCUGUUUUGCCUGAUUUGUGUCCACCUGCUUUGCUUUUUCCUUUAUCACUUUAGUCCAGGUGUGUGCAUAUUAGUUUGUUGUUGCAUUGUUUGUUGUAGCUUGCCACGCUACUGCAAUUCGGUCUUUGCUGGU